GACGUCAGACGAGAACUCGGCCAAUCGCGGCGCGCUUCCCUAGACCGCGCACACAAUGGCGUCCGGCAACCGCAUUCACUGUCCGUACCACCCGGAGGCGGUGUUGAUUGAAGAUUACCGCGCGGGGGACAUGGUGUGCCCCGAGUGUGGAGUUGUAGUCGGCGACCGCGUGGUGGACGUCGGCUCGGAGUGGAGGACCUUCAGCAACGACACCAACUCGAAGGACCCGUCGCGAGUGGGCGACGCGCAGAACCCGCUGCUCAACGGCAGCGACCUCACCACGCUCAUCAGCAAGGUGACGACGGCACAGGGGGCGGCGAGUUUCGACGAGUUUGGCAACGCCAAGUACCAGAACCGCCGCAGUCUCAGCUCCUCCGACAGGGCCAUGCUCACAGCCUUCCGUGAGAUCAACACAAUGUCCGACCGCAUCAACCUGCCCAGGAACAUCGUGGACCGCACAAACAACUUGUUCAAGCAAGUGUAUGAGCAGAAGUCCCUCAAGGGCCGCAGCAACGACGCCAUCGCCUCGGCCUGCCUCUACAUCGCCUGCCGGCAAGAGGGUGUCCCGAGGACCUUCAAGGAGAUCUGCGCCGUGUCGCGCAUCUCCAAGAAGGAGAUCGGCCGCUGCUUCAAGCUCAUCCUGAAGGCGCUGGAGACCAGCGUGGACCUCAUCACCACCGGGGACUUCAUGUCCAGGUUCUGCUCCAACCUCGGUCUCCCCAAGGCUGUCCAGGCUGCGGCCACGCACAUUGCGCGCCGCGCCGUGGAGCUGGACCUGGUUCCCGGGCGCAGCCCGAUCUCCGUGGCCGCCGCCGCCAUCUACAUGGCCUCGCAGGCGUCUGCCGACAAGCGCACGCAAAAAGAGAUCGGCGACAUCGCCGGCGUGGCGGACGUGACGAUCCGCCAGUCGUACCGGCUCAUCUACCCCAAGGCGUCGCAGCUCUUCCCACAGGACUUCAAGUUCGACACCCCCGUGGAGAAACUCCCCCAGCUGUGAUGGGCACGCGGGAGCGGCUGCGCACGCCGACAGCGCACCUGCACCCGUCGGCACCUUCCUCGGGACCCCGACACGCGCACGCGCGGCGCUCGGAAAUUCGUUUGCGAUGCGGUAACGGGUGUGUGCGGGCGCGCGUGUGCAGAUCGGCUCAUUAAAACUGCGAGCGGCAGAAGUUGUGAGAAGAUUCCGCUGGAUGUGGAACGGGACUGCAGACGCCGGACGGGACGGGGGAUGAGACGGGACGGGAGAAGGGGACUGGAGACUCGGGAUGGGAGAGAAGGGGGGGAGACGGGACGGGAGACGGGACGGGAGACUCGGGAUGGGAGAGAAGGGGGAGACGGGAUGGGAGAUGGGACGGGAGACAGGACGGAUGACAAGACAUAGACUGGACGCAGAAAGGGACAGGAGACGGGAUGGGAGAUGUGAAGUAUCAGAGGAGCAGAGUGCAGUCAGAGCCUGCACUCUGCACUGACUCGCUGGGACGGACGGGGUGUGGGCGCUUGCGGCUGAAGGAACGAUUUGUGUUAAUUUAAUUGCCGCGAGACGCCGCCGGCGCUGACGAGGACUGGUGUUUUUUUUUGUAAUUAUUUCGGCAGCGAGGUUUGUGGGGAGGGGCCUGAGUCUAAAAGUGGCUUCAAGGCAGCCAUCAUUUUUACGAACUCUGGGGUCCUUUCCUCAUUUUGUAUUUUCGGCAAAAGCGGCUCCCGUCGUGCCGCAGGGGCAGCAGCGUCCGCUCAACGGCGCCUCGUCUCCGUGGCUUGGCCGGGCGGGAGGGGUGGGUGGGGUGGGUGGGUGGUGGGUGGGGUCUCGUGUCAAUCGCUCGUGCGAUAACCUCACUGUCGCGAGCGAGCGAGGAAGUGUAGCAGCGACGGCCGCACGCGCACAAACGAACAAACGAACCGGCGCGGUUCGGGGCCAGCGCCGCCGGCAGCGGCCGCUCAGCCGGUGGUCUCCCGGCGCCACCCGCCGACCCGCGGCAGCGGCGGCGUUGUUGUUGUUGCUGGAGCAGUAAACACUCGGACGCCGUCGUGCCGAGUCCGAGACCAACGCACAACGUCAAUGGUCACGCGAGGAAGAGGAGAGAUGCUGCCGAUGUUGAGGCUGUGCCAAUGCUUGUUUAUACGUGCUAAUAAGAGUCACGACCUUUGUUUUAGCCAGUAAAGCCUUGCUGCUGCUGCUGCUGCUUGCUGCUUGCUGCAUCGCGAGUUUCUCUGGAGUCGUCCUGCAUGGGAGUGUUUGGCCAUUUUGGGUUUUGUGGGAGGGGGGAGCCACAGCAGCAGGUGAGGGCCUCGCCACGCCCGGACUCGCACGGACACGACGGCCACUCGCCCACUCGCCCACUCGCCCACUCGCCCACUUGCCCACUCACCCACUCGCCCACGAGCCCGCUCGCCCACUUACCCGCUCGCCCACUUACCCGCUCGCCCACUUACCCGCUCGCCCACUUACCCGCUCGCCCACUUACCCGCUCUCGCCCACUUACCCGCUCGCCCACUUACCCACUCGCCCACUUACCCACUCGCCACUCGCCCACUAGUCCGCUCGCCGCCACACUGCCAUCUAAUCCGUCAUCUCGUACCCACUGCGUGUUUGUAGCGUCCCGGCACGUACUGAUCUCCCGAGAGAUCCACCAAGCCCACCUCUAAAGGGCGUGCACCCGCCCACGCAGCCCGACAGUUGCAGGGACGGUGACGCUGCGACGGCACUUGCCGUCCAAUCUGAAAGUUCCAAGUUGGAUUCCCCGUCGCGGUUUAUAAAUCGGAGACCGUUUGGUGGGAAGUCGUCAGUCGUCACCCGAUGGAUGGAUCGGCCCCCGCGAUUGAUUUGUGGAGUUUCCACCACUGCCAAUCGGGAUGAGUGCCACCCCACGCUUGUUUGUGCGUGCGAUGCCGAGCUUGUAGGGAAGUCUUCAUAUGCAGAGGACUGCAGAGCAUGGGCAAUUGUUGGUAGCACCGCCUGGCGCUUGGCUUUUCCGCUUGCCUGCGAUCCCUCCUCGCGCGCCUUCCAAGUCAUUCCAUCUCUCACUCGUCGAGAGCAAGCGAAUAACUGCGCUGCGCGUUGCAAGUUUAAAUUAUUAUCGUGAGGUAUUGGAGCUGGACCGAUGAUCCCCCAAUUGGGAUGAAACCGGUUUGCAAAUUGCCUUUGCGCAUCACUCCCACUGCAACGUGCAGAGCUGAAAGCUGCCCAGGUGGCGGUGGUGGCAGCGCUGAGGAUGAACAAACCUCCGGUUCCCGCGUUGCCCUCGGAAAUUUGCGUUGUCCCGAGCGUAGCACUCACGAAUCUCCCGCGGACCUGUAGCCUCCGCGGCCCUUCCCGACUCGUGAACAAGCAGAAGCCGGCUUGUUUCCCGGAGCUUCGCGUAUAUGGCAAUUGAUUCGUCGCAACUGGGCUUCGUGCGGCGUGGUUCCCCCUGGUGUCACGUGCGAGUUACCCGCGUGUAAUGCAUGGCAUGAGUUGAAGAUGUAGUCAUCCCACUUCCCCCCCCCCCUCAGCUAGGGACAAGGCUAGCCACUCUUGGCCCUUUGGCCCCCCACCCAUGGUCAACUCUGUCUGCAGCGGUGGAUUUUCCGUUACGUUGCCCACCCCCCAUCAAGUUCAUAAUUGUGGUGAUGGUUAGAGGAUUGGGUUCUCGGUGGCCUUGGUAAUGGGAUUUCCACCAGGAUUGGGGCUAUGGCCAGAGCCGUCCCUGGGGUACGGCGGAUCGGGACGACCUCCCCGGGCCCCGCAAUUUGGGGGACCUUGCGCUGCGAAGUCACGCUGUCGAUCGUCAUACUUCUGGUUUAGUUUGAAGGCGUCGGGGGGGGGGGGGGGGGGGCCCUGGGCUAUGGCUGUAGUGAGCGUGGGGCUAGGGCCAUGUUGGAACAAUGUUCACGAAUAUUGAUGUGGCUGGGUGGGGGGGGAGUGUGGUUUUGGUUUAACUGAGGCGGCUUGCCAGAGAUGGGGUUAAGGGUAAUGAGCCUUGAAGAGUUUUGCUAAGGUUAAGUGUUAGGAUUGCGGUAAGAUUUAUGGUUGUUAGGGCUGGGGUUAGGGUUAAGUUAAGGUUGAAUUGAACAAGUCACCAAUUGCAUAACGGAGCACAAAUGAUUCCACAUCCUGUCCCCCUGACGAGAUGCGUUACUGCUUUGGGCAUCACGGCCCCUGGGAAAUCUGCGGUGCGACGAUGCACGGACACGCCCAAGUACCCGAAACGAUUCCCUGCAUCAUCUCGCACCGAGUCACAUUCAUUCUCCCACACGCUCAGCUGGUGCCCAGAGGUUCACCAACUGGGUGGGCUUCCUGCCAGCUUACGACCAACAGCACCACGGGCUCUGCCAAGCACACUUCCCCGUUCCGAUCCUUUACUCGGCGAUCUUGUCGCAGCCCGUCGUAAUUGGUGCCAGUGAGCCCUGCGGUGGAAAUUCCACAUUCCUAUGGCGGGGUCUAAUUGUACGCGUGUGCACGGUACAAAAAUAAGUGACGCAUGCCAGAAUAAAGGAUCUCAGGUGCUGAACGUGGAUUUAACUAAAGCGGAUUAAAAACAAAUGAAAUUUUAUUUUACCAGGUCAGGCCCACUGACAGUGUGUAGAUCUUUUUCAGAAGCGACCUUGCCACAAAUGAUAGCUCAAAGAAGUGGCUUAUCACGUGGAAAUUCACAGCAGCCCAAAUUUAUCUCUAAACAUUCACAGCGACGUUAGGUGGGGGGAAAAAAGCGUUUGAAGAUCUAAAUGUGAUGGCGUUAGGAAUUCUUGUUUUAAGCGACUGCUGCCAACUUACAGAAAUUGCUGCCCCCCCCUACCCCCCUACCCACGGACUCAAGGGUUUACCCGCAGCACCAAAACCAAACCCGUGUUCCAAGGGGAAAUUAUCCAAAGGUUGGACGCCCCAGUAUUAUUGCUUUCCCUUCUCUACCACUGGUCGGCCCAUGGGCGCAGACCCAAGGUAUCGCUUGGCGGUGCUGCCACCCGAGAUGGCUAACCUUGAGGUACCAACGUUUGAGAACGGAUCUGCUACUCGCAACCAAAGGAACGCGAUGGACCGAAUGGGGCCCGGUCCUCACGACUGCAAUCGUCGUCUUCGUGUGAAAGUGAAUUACGCCGCCGUAUUGUUUCAUUAUCCUGUCGCACAAUCCACUCCGCUCAUUCAUUCGUAGCCAUUCACGCAAACCGGUGUUGCUCAACAUUUGCCAUCUCUAGCGAGUACCGAAUUUCCACUCUGGCCCAUGGUGACCGACGGUUUGCGUCCCGUCUGUCCGUCGGGAAACACUACGGCUCUGUCGCAACGGCGCAGACGCCCGGCCACGUUCCUCAACAAUGCAACGGUGUGACCCAAGACAUCAUAAUUGGUAAAUAUACCGAAACAAAAUAUUCCAAUUUAGUGCAUUUGGUAUUUGCGCCACGCGUAUUGCACAAGGCCAGCGUCAGCCGACGAGCUCGUAACUCGCCCCGCGUGCUAUCGGUGUGUGACGCUCGCCGCGAUGAUGAACAAUCCCCGCGGCCCACGGCUGAUUUUGACAUCUGUGCAACCCGGGGGACUGCGGUCUCCUGCACGGAGACACUGCCGCCCGUGAUUUCAAGCCAGCUCAUUCCGGUGGGUCGCAUCGAAUGAAGCCCUGUCCACCCACGCCAACCCUCUCCACACACCACGCUGACCGCUGCAGUCGCGCCUGGGACGUCUCCGCAGCCCAAGACGCCCACCGCUGGAGAUGUUACGCGGCAGUGCCUGGAGUCUGUGUGGCCGUAAUGACGUUUAUUUGCGACAAAAUACUUUGAGAACUUUUUUUUUGUUAUUUCUUUUUGUUAAAACGCAAAAUAAAUGGAUUCCUGCA